AUGAUAACUAAGCUAGUGUCUGAUUUUCAUCUGAGUCCUCUGGUUUGUAGAACUAUGAAUAUCGGGAAACUUCAAAGAUUUGAACCGGUUAUUAAUCGUUCAAGGAUAAAUACUUCAGGAUUUGGUGACAAACCAUUAUGGUUUAGACCUUUUACUGUUAUUAAAGUUGCAGAAAAACCCUCUGGUUAUGGCUUAGUUGAAGAUGAAACACUUGCUCAGAAGAAAAUAGAACUUUACCAGGCUUUGGAAGAAAUCAACAGAGGGAUAUUUGGAAUCCCAUCUGGAAAGAAGUUAGAAAUUGAAAGUUUGGUGAAGCAGCUAGAAUCUAAAAAUCCAACUCCAGAACCAACUCUUGAACUGGAUAAGGUGGAUGGAUGCUGGAGGCUUGUUUACAGCACUAUCUCAAUUUUGGGAUCAAGAAGGACAAAGUUAGGCCUAAGAGAGUUUAUCUCAUUAGGUGAUUUCUUUCAGACUAUUGAUAAAGCCAAGAACAAAGCAGUCAAUGUGGUGAAGUUCAAUGCAAAAGGGCUGACAAUGUUGUCUGGAGAGCUAACUAUUGAGGCCUCAUUCAAGAUUGCUUCCAAAACAAGGGUUGACAUUACUUUUGAAAAAUCCACAAUCACUCCUGAUCAGUUGAUGAAUGUGUUUCGGAAAAACUAUGAUAUUUUGUUGGGCAUCUUCAAUCCAGAGGGGUGGCUAGAAAUCACAUAUGUUGAUGAAAACAUGAGAAUAGGAAGGGACGACAAAGGCAAUAUCUUUGUACUAGAAAGAUUUGAUGAUAAUAGCAACUCCUAG